AUGUAUACAAUCGCACGGUUAAACGGGCCCGCAGUAAAGAGUAAAGAGAGUAAAAGCUCAACUCGAACGGGAGAUUCGACCGCACAAAAGUCCGUUUUGUCUUUCGAGGAUGAAAUGGCUUCGAUAUCCCAGAAUCUCAGAGAUGAAACAAACAACAAUGCAAGCGGAUCCCAGUCUACUCCGAUUCUGGCAAUUCACCCCAAAGAAUUUUGGAUCGAUAUCAAAGAAUUUUGCGAUGUGUUCAACGUGAUUGACGUAUAUCACAAAACACAAACUUAUCCGGUCGUGAAAACAUACACGGACUUGAAAUCACCCGGUAUUCCCAUGGAUCGCACACCACCGAACGGACAGUACAUCUCCAUUGACAGUUUGUAUCCAAGUGAAAUCAUACUCAGUUUUUCGGCGAUUUGUCGUUGGCCAUUACCGUCCCCCAAGGAUACGAAGGUAUCAAUAUCCUGCGGAUUGUCCAGCUUGCGAGAUGCAGACGACGGGGAAAAUGGUCAUCUGGAGGUUGAAAAGCCUUUGACGAACGGGACGGACUCAGAACCACCCGGUCAAACACCAAACGAGGCCAUUAGGGUGACUAUGCCACCGCCGGCUGCUGCAACACUUAUCGUCGAGACUCAACACUGGUUGAAAAAUCAACUGGGAGAACCUGUUAAACGGCUGGAUGUGACCGGCACUCGAGCAUUAUCUCUUCUUUUACCACCAGGUAGACAUAGUUAUCGUCUACUUUUGCACGCUCCCUUGGGUUUUGUUCUUCAAAUGUUAGUUACAAGCAUAGAACCCUUGGAACCCACAACACCUGGUGCACAAUCGAUUACAUAUAUCCCAGCUGUUGUAGCCCCUGGAUUGGCAUGGAAUUUUCAGGUCGCCGAAGACAAAACGCACCCAAUCUCUCACGAAAAGCUCACGCAAUUAGCACCAAAAAUGACACAAAGACCUGCAAAUUCCGCACGUGGUCGUCCGAUCCUAUCCGGACAUGCUAAGCAAACUGGUACUAACUGGACUACACUUAACGUACAAAUGGGUGAUGAAGAUACCGUGCUCGCUGAUGUUCUAUCUCUUACACCCAUACGGAUGCGGUCUCAUGCACAGCGUCUGAUUCGUGCACUGGGACAGUUGGGUAUAGCGUACAGUGAAAUGACACAACCCGAAAAGUGGUCAUCAUCGCCAUUGACCAUUGGGGUUAGCACUGUUUCUGCGAGACCCAGGGAUGAAGUGAAUUUGGAAUCCGAACCAGCUGUGAUGGACGAGAUGGAGCUGUACAACCGCACACAGCGUUAUUUAGAGUACCUUAGUCAAAAACAAUCUGAGUUGGCUGAAUUGCUCGGUGUUUCAGAAGGAAUGUCCCUGGAGGAACAUGCAAAACUCACGGACUAUCGACAAACUCUUCUCGCUGCAUUACAAAAACUCUGUAACGAGGACGGGUCAGCCAAUGCUGACAUGAAUUUCGCCUGGCGUGUCACACAGUUCGACAUGACAACACCGAAUCCGUUUGGCGUUCUGUACAAACCACGUGCGUUUCUUUACAUUUUCAACUGA